GGGUGUGUUAUUUCCUGUGUCAGUUUGACAGAUGUAAGUGUAUUUCACGGAGCCAUAAACUCUGCGUCUUCUCUUGUGGAGUUUUAUCCUUUGAAGCAUGGGGAGCAGGGUGGACUUGUUACUGUGGGCCUGGAUCGUCCUGGACUCGGGGGUGUGCUCAGUCGUACUGCCAGAAAUCACAGAUGGGAAGUUCAUUGAUGAAUGUGUGAGGGAACACAACAGGGCACGGUCAUCUGUCAAUCCACCUGCAAGUGACAUGCUGCACAUGACGUGGGACGAGGCCUUGGCCAUUACUGCAAGAGCGUGGGCAAAGCACUGUGUGUUUGACCACAACCCUCGCCUCAAAGAUGUCGGCAGAGUGCACCCCACUUUCUCGUCGGUGGGAGAGAACAUAUGGACGGGCAGCCCACCAUCAUCAUUUGAUGCCACAAAAGCCAUAAAAAGAUGGGUGGAUGAAAAAGCAUACUACAACUAUGAAAGGAACAAUUGCAGUAAAGUCUGUGGCCACUACACGCAGGUCGUUUGGGGAAGCAGCUACAAGGUUGGCUGUGCCGCUGAGCUGUGCCCAAAUGGUGUCAAAGACUUCAGUGACAGAGAGGGCGUCGUUUUUGUCUGCAACUAUGCUACAGCGGGUAACUUCAACAACAGGAGACCAUAUGAAACUAAAGGGGCAGCCUGCUCUGGAUGUGAAGGCACCUGUGGGGACAGUCUCUGCCGUGACCAAAAACGAGAUUCACAGCAAAGCUACAGCUGGACCCCAGACUGGGACCCAUCCCUGGCUGCCACAUAUACUGGUUCCAACUAUGUGACCAUUCUGGUUGUGCGGCCCAUCGGCCUCAUCUUCACCUUCAUCACAGCAUAUGCAGUCCGCCACUAUUACCCUGAUGUCUUCUGCUAUGAGUAGAUCCUCUGUUUGGACCUGAACAACAUGGACCUGUUCAGCCAGCGUUAAGAUGAAGAUGAGAUCAGAUCAUCUUCGAUUAUUCAGUUCCUCUCAGCUCCAGCGACAUUUUUUUAAAAACAAAUGACUGAAUGAUUUUUGAUUUUACUGCACGGCAGUAAGAUUUAGGCUUUAUUAAAAACAAUAACUAACCCAAACUAAAAUAAACUAAAUUUAUAUAGAAAAUGUCUUUAGUUUUUGUCUUUGUCACUUUAUUUCAUACAUCAGCCUGAUAUUUUGGGUUGAUAUGAAAUCUAUCUUCCAGUUUUAUAGCUGCGUCACUCCUCUCACUGUACCACCAGUACAUGUGCACUUUAAAGGUCCAAAACAUUCACUGUAUUAAUGAUGUCUAGUAAUUUAUUGUUAAUUAACUGCAACAUUGUGCCAGUCCAGUUCACUGAGGAGUUCAUUUUGAGUGUUUUUUCACGUUUUUCCCUCACACUGUCUCGACCUGGAUCUCACACAGAAGCAGAGUUACACACAUUUAGCAUUUAAAGCUGCACCUUGUGUUGACUUUUUGCAUGUUUGUGCCCAUAUUUACAUUCAUUUUAUGUUCUGUUGUAGUUGCAUUCUUCUGGUUAAUGACACUAACACACUGACUGACACAAAUCUUAUAUCACCGUCUUUUGAGUAUGGUUGUUCAUUUGUCCUCAGUGAAUACUUUUUUCUGACCUGUCUGAAUCUCGCCCCCGAAAAAUCCCCCAUAUUACAAAAAAAACUAACUGAAGCUAAUAAAGCUAAACUAAAACUGAGCAUUUUCAAACAACAAAAACUAAACAAAG